AUGUGGCUCCCUCUUCUAUGCCUCCUGCUGGGGCCGGCUCUCUCCGGGGCUGUCAUCCCAGCUGAGGAGGAGAAGCCGGCCUUCUGGAACGAGAAGGCAUCCCGGGCCAUCCAAGAAGCCCUGGAUCUCCGUCCCCGGAACUACCGGGCGAAGAAUCUCAUCCUCUUUUUGGGAGAUGGCAUGGGUAUCGCCACCGUCACUGCCACCCGUAUCUUGAAUGGACAGAAGCUGGGGAAUCUGGGCCCAGAGACACCUUUGGCAAUGGACGCUUUUCCUUACGUGGCACUUUCCAAGACGUACAACGUGGACCGGCAAGUGCCAGACAGUGCGGGCACCGGCACGGCCUACCUCUGCGGGGUGAAGGGCAACUACCAAACAGCCGGGCUGAGUGCGGCGGCCCGCUACAACCAAUGCAACACUGCGGCUGGAAACGAGGUCAUAUCUGUGCUGCAGAGAGCUAGCACGGCCGGCAUGUCUGUGGGGAUCGUGACCACCACCCAGGUCCAACACGCCUCGCCCUCUGCAAGCUACGCUCACACGGUGAACCGGAACUGGUACUCAGAUGCGAACAUGCCCCAGUCGGCGAUUGCGCAGGGCUGCAAAGAUAUCGCUCAGCAGAUGGUGGAAAAUGUCAACAUCACGGUGAUCUUAGGCGGGGGCAGGAAGUACAUGACCCCACAGGGAACCCCCGACCCGGAGUACCCUUCAGACCCCAGCCAGGGAGGCAUCCGCAAGGACAACCGGGACCUCAUUGGCGAGUGGCUGAAUGCUUCUCCGAACAGCAAGUAUGUCUGGAACCGAACAGACCUUUUGGCCGCUGCAGAGGACCCAACUGUGAACCGUCUUAUGGGUCUCUUUGAACCUUCUCUCAUGGCAUAUGAUCUCCAUCGAAAUAACCUUACGGAUCCAUCUCUGACCGAGAUGAUGGAAGCAGCCAUCAAAAUUCUCCGGCGCAACCCCAAGGGAUUCUACCUGUUCGUGGAAGGAGGCAAAAUCGACUGGGGACACCACGACGGCAUUGCAAAGUUGGCGCUCACUGAAGCCGUGGAGUUUGACAAAGCCAUCCGUCGGGCAGGGGAGCUGACCAGUGAAGAGGACACCCUCUCCGUGGUGACUGCUGACCAUUCCCAUGUUUUCAACUUUGGGGGCUACACGCUGAGGGGCUCCUCCAUCUUUGGGUUGGCCCCUAAACUAGCAGAUGACAAAAAGACGUACACAUCUAUUGUGUAUGGGAAUGGGCCCGGCUACCAGAUCACCAAUCAGAGUCGCCCGAAUGUGAGCGCCACUGUGAGUGAGACCGACGGCUACCAUCAACAAGCGGCUGUGCCCCUCGACUCCGAAACCCACAGCGGCGAGGACGUGGCCAUCUUGGCCAAGGGCCCCAUGGCCCACCUCUUUCACGGGGUGCAGGAGCAGACGUAUGUGGCGCACGUCAUGGCUUUCGCCGCUUGUCUGGAGCCUUACACAGGAUGCACGCUGCCCACUACCAACUCUGCCAACGAAGGCAACCCCACACUUCUGGUUCUCCUCCUGGCGGCCUUGAUCUUUUGGGACUGCUAA